AUGAGGGCUCGGGUGUCAGCGUUGCUCCUCUUGCUGCUGCUGCUGCUGCUGCUGCUGUUGCUGCUGCCUCUAGACACCGCCGCGGGAAGAGGUACGAUGACGGAAACCCUCACUAUUCCUCCCAUCACAGCCGUUUAUUAGUGGAUUUCUGGAUGACUAAGAUGGUCUACUCUCUCUCCCUCUCUCCCUCCCUCUCUCCCUCCCUCCCUCUCUCUCUCUCUCUCUCUCUCUCUCGCUAAUCUGUCUAUCUAGGGAAUGGGAUGGAAGAAGAGCCUUCGUCCGCCUUGGAGAGGAACCAGCAGGUGGGUUUCUUGUUUUCGGGACCCCUCAUCUUGUUUUACUCUAUUCUGGGGAUCGAAAGCUGAAGGUAUUCGGUCGGUUUCAGGAUGACAGUGGGAGUGUGAGAGCAGGGAGAGCUCCGGUGGGAAGAACAGCUCUCCAUUCAGGUAUGAUGAAGGAGAGUUAGAAUUUUAGUUAGAAUCCAACCGUAGAUGGGAAAACUUUCAUGAAGAUUAUUGCUUCUGAUCAUCCGAAACAUGAUCUCUCUCUCUCUCUCCCUCUCUCUCUCUCUCUCCCUCUCUCUCUCUCUCUCGCUCUCUCACUUGCUCAGAGUACUCACUUUAUCCCUCUUAUCGCGCAGGAAACAGUAGAAAACUUCUGACCCGGGCGCCACGAAAGGUUUGUCUUUUAGUCAGAACAAUUAAAGUCAAACUGGCGUUCCGAUUAUUCCAGCACUGUAGUCGUCUUCAUCCUCACGUUGAUUUUCGUUAUCUUCCACAGAGCGCCAGAAGUCAACGGGUACAAGAGGUCGCCGCCGUCCCUGUCGUCGCCGAGCACGACCCGCCGGCCGAGGAGAUGGACCCCGGCGUCAUGGACAUAGAAGGGAUGGACUAUUCUCCGGCUACGAGGAAGCCCCCGAUUCACAACUGA